CUUUGAGUUGCUUGACUUAUCUUCAAGGAACGGCUGGAAAUCAUUUGUCACCAAACAACUCAUGAGCAGAUAUAGAAGAUCUGCAGCAUCGAAGCUGCACCGGCACUGUGAGACCUGCCACUGGAAGUUCUGCAAAGCUCCUGUAGAAAUCUCCGUGUCGUGCAUUAUCAUCAAAUGCCGACUGCUCUGCGGCGCCUCGUUUCACAUGUGCAAAGAGGAUGAACACAUUCUGCUGUGUCCUAAUGAGAAAGUUCCCUGCCUUAACGCCAACUACGGCUGCCCUGUCACCAUGUGUCGCUCGAGGCUGGCCAAACAUCUGGAGGUGUGUCCUGCUAGCAUGGUGUUCUGCUCGAUGGAGUGGCUCCGCUGGCCCGUCGAGGACAUAAAGUCGCCUCUGAUUGAAAAUCUUAUAAUGGACACUAAUGAGAAUCAAGCUCUAGACCUGUCCAUGUCUCUCAGGGAUCAAAAGCUGUUGUGUAGCAGGUUGAACAUGAGGAGCUUUUUUCCUCAGUUGAUGCAGGAACCAGAGGAACCUAUUCCACAAGAGGAAGAGAUAGAAGAGGCAGCCGGGGGUGAAUCGGUUGUUAAUGGAGAACUUGAUAACUGCACAAUAAGUAAGGUCUCAGUAAACGAUCCCCCUAAAGGUGAUCCCAAGGAUCUAACAGUCAAUAAAGAGAAGUAUGAUCUAUUUGAGAAGAUGUUCAGCAAGGAGAUGGGGGGCUGCAGGCAGGCUGAGAAGGAAGAAUCAAAAAACAAGACAGACAAAAAGGAAGCAUCUAAAGUUUCUACUAGCUUAGCUACCUCUGAGCAAGGAGUCAAUAAGGAGGCAGUGGAACCCAAAGUUGAAAGUAGAGAAGUUGCUUUUAAACCAAACAUCUCUCAAACUGGACUUGCUCCUUGGCAGGAAGGCGUCUUGGAAAGACUUGGUCAGGAAGUGAAUCUAAGAGAGUACAACAUGUACGUGGUUCACCACGGACGCAUGCUCCUCACCUUCGGACAGAUCGAAGCGUGCACUCCCAGAGAUAAAGACUUUGUUUACGGAAACCUUGAACCCAUACCGGUUCAGACGCUUCAUUCUUUUAACGUUCCCACAAGUUAUAGGUACAAACGCAUCCAAAUGAAAGAUCCUGCAGUCAGAGUAAAGACCGAGAACAAGAGCGUGGAUACCUCCGACCUGGGUGUGUCCGUGGAGGACGUCCUGAAGAUGGAUGAGAUGUUUGCGACCUUGCUAUGCGCCGCUGAGCUGGAGGUCAGAGGACACAAGAUCAGCGAGACCGUAGGAACCGACGGACUUUAUGUCGACAUCGCGACUCAGACGUACAACUUCCUAACAGCCCCGUUUCAGUAUGACGCCACCCUGACUGAUAUAACCCUACAAAAAGAGUUAAAACUUUAUCUCCAGCUCGAUACGGAAAGCGCAACUCUAAGGCACAACAAGUCCAGCUCGGCGUUCACCUUCAUGUGUGGACAUUUCUUCAGGAGAGACGAGUUUGGGUCUCAUUUUAAGAACGUACACUCAGAUAUCCAGUCCUGUUUGAACGGAUGGUUUGAGCAGAGGUGUCCGCUGGCUUACCUGGGCUGCACCUUCACUCACCGACGUCUCCAGCCGUCCACACACAGAGCCACGGUAUCGUACAACCAGGACCUGAGCAUCUUCACCCUCAGACCUGAAGUCUUCAUGUCUUCUAUAAGUGAUUCUCAAAUAAUCAGUGGUCAGAAAACCCAAGUCGGAUAUGAAGAUUCUUUGAGUAAUCUUCCAUUUGAGGUGCUCUGCCAUAUUGCCAGGUACCUGGACAGCUUCUCGCUCUCCCAGCUAGCCCUGGUGUCUAAACUGUUCCGAGAUGUUAGUGCAACGUUCCUUCACGAGAGAGGAAUGGUUGGGUUUAAAUGGAGGAAGAAGCAGUACUCACACGGGGGAGCCAAAUGGAAGUCAUCCAUAGUCUGGGAGUUCAGCAGUCUGUUCAGUAGAGUGGGCAGUUGGUGUAUCGAUGACACUCGGUCCAUGUCCGAGCACCUUAAGCGGUGCCCGUUUUAUCAGACAGAGCCCAAAACGAAGCCCUUCGCCCUGACCGGCAUGUGUGAAACCAGUGAAGACUCAAGAGUUAAGCAGAGGAAAAAAGUCCUCACACAGUUCUUCAGCCGGAGAUAGUGUUUGUUUAUAGCUACAUUUAAUUGUUUUAAAGUGUUUAGAAAAUAUAUUAAAAUGUACAUUGUGGACACAUUUUUUUAAAUGCAUCAUAUAUAAUAUAGAUAAAGAUGAUUUAAUGGAUAAGGUUGACCUGAAGGCUUGGAAUGUAAACUAAAUGUCCAUGAUUAUGUAAAAUGCUGCCACUUUGUAUUAUAUUAAA